CAUGUGCGAGUUUGAGGUUAGAGCGGUUUGAGCAGAGAGCGGAAGUUUUGGUGGAUUUUUAAGCUCAUUUUUUCACGAGGAAUAACCCAGGAAACAAUGGCAGAUGCGAAGAGAAAGAACUACUUCAAGAAUCAGCACAUGAAGCAGCGUAAACACAGCUUUCUGGAGCCAGGCUUGAAGGGUUUUCUGGCCACUUGUAAUUUCCGUGAGAAAGAUUGCGUCCGGGAGUGCUAUAACAUCCUCAACCAGUACAGUGAUUCACCCAAGGAGGUUGAUACUCAAGCCAACGAAGAGACUGCCAAAGAAGACAAACUCACUAACAGCGAUAAUGAGGAGGAGGAGGACAUUUCCAAGGCAUUGGAGAAGGAUGUUGCCGCAGAGAAGCAGAAGAACCAGAGAAGCAGCUUCAAGUUCAACGUUGCCGACACUGGCGUGACGAACUGUGUUUUCAUAGCCACAUCCCUGCCUGAUCCGCGAGAGCUGGGACUGAAGAUUGUCCGGGACAUUGCAGAGACGAAGGUGCAACGCUCCAAAUUCCUCCUGCGUCUGGUUCCGGUGGAAAUUGUCUGCCGGGCAAAUCUGAAGAGUAUGUCAGAUGCCGUGGGCAGUCUCUGCGAUAAAUAUAUGUUGCAGGAGCCGAAGACAUUCUCGAUUGUCUUCAACAAGCGCUACAACAACGCCAUAUCCCGGGAGGACGUCAUCAAGGAGUUGGCAGACGUCGUGUCAGCCAAGAAUGCUGGGAAUCGCGUUAAUCUCUCGGAGCCCGAACUGUCCAUCAUCGUCGAGGUGAUCAAGGGCCUUUGCUGCAUCAGUAUCCUUCCAGAUUAUCUCAAGCUGAAGAAGUACAAUCUGCUGGAACUCUCAGGAGGCUCAGGAGCGCCAAAUCGCAACACCGGCGAAGGCAGUCAGACACAAGAGACAAAGUCCUAAGCGAAAUAAACGGAUUUUGCACU